AUGGCUCAAAUUGUGCGACAAAGUAAGUUUCGACAUGUUUUUUGUAAACCCGUCAAACAUGAGAAUUGUAUGUCCGAUAUCAGGGUGAGUGUUUACAGGGAUUUUGAAAAAAAGGAAAUUUGAAAGUGAAUUUCAGAAUGAUUUUAGUAAUUUUUAAAUUUAUCGGAAUAUUUUUUGGGUUGGUGAUUUAAGUUCCCAGUAUUCCAGAAAAUUUGGAAAAUUCAAAUUCAAUUAUUUCAAAUUUUCAGAAACUUCAGAUAGCAAGUCACUUAAAUCAUAUUUCAGGUAACCGAAAUCACAUGGGAUUCACUUUUCUGCGAUGUCAAUCCAAAAUUCAUCGCAUUUAUCAAUCGAGGCGCCGGUGGACCAUUCAUGGUAAUCCCAGUCACAAAAACCGGUCGAAUUGACAAAGAUUAUCCAUUUGUUGAUGCUCACAAAGCUCCGUGUCUUGAAAUUGCUUGGUCUCCAUUCAAUGAUAAUGUUAUUGCUUCGUGUUCUGAAGAUACAACUGCAAAAGUUUGGGUGAUUCCAGAAAGAGGAUUGACUCGAAAUUUGUGUGAACCUGCUGUUGAAUUGACUGGACAUCAGAAGAGAGUUAAUACUUUGGCAUGGCAUCCGGUUGCUAAUAAUCUUUUGCUUACUGCAGGUUAGUCGAUUUUUUUUGGGUUACUGUAUGUUCCUUUGAAAUACUUCUUCAGUUUUGGAUUUCCAGGCUGUGGAAAAAUUUCUAGUAAUGGUUCACUAAUCACCAAACUCUCGUUCUUAUUCUAUUUUUCCACAAAUGAUCAAAGAUUUUUGAAACGUAUAUUCUUGAGGUGGUACUGAAUUUUGAAAGAAAAGCCAAAGCGGUCAAUAUUUUUUCACUUUUUAUUUAAAUUUCAUGUUUCCAGGAGGUGAAAAUGUGAUGUUCCUAUGGAACGUGGGAACUGGCGAAGCUCUUCUCGAAAUUUCUGGUCAUCCUGAUCAAAUUUGGAGUAUCAAUUUCAAUUACGACGGAAGUCAAUUUGUGACAACUUGCAAAGAUAAAAAGAUUCGAAUUCUCGAUUCGCAUACUGGCGCAGUUGUUAGCGAAGGUGUUGGACAUGAAGGUGUCAAACCACAAAAAGCAAUUUUUGUGAAAGAUGGUUUGAUUCUCACUACAGGAUUCACUAAAAGAUCUGAAAGAUUAUAUGCUCUUCGAGCUCCUGAAGAUUUAUCAACUCCAAUUGUUGAAGAAGAAUUGGACACUUCAAAUGGUGUUAUUUUCCCAUUUUGGGAUGAAGAUACUGGAAUUGUUUAUCUUGUUGGUAAAGGUGAUUGUGCUAUUCGAUACUACGAAAUUAAUAAUGAAGCACCAUUUGUUCAUUAUAUCAAUACUUAUACAACAAGUGAACCACAAAGAGCAAUCGGUUUUCAAUCAAAACGUGGAAUUUCGAGUGAGGAAAUUGAGAUAAAUCGUAUUUAUAAAUUGACAACAAAAGGAGUUGUGGAUAUUUUGCAAUUUUUUGUGCCAAGAAAAUCGGAUCUUUUUCAACAUGAUUUGUAUCCGGAUACAAGAUCGACUAUUCCAGCAUUGACUGCCGAAGAAUUUAUGGAAGGUUUGUGGGGUGAUAGGGAAUUCUGAAUUUCAAUAGAAUUCUAUUUUCACAGUCCAAAAAUUCUGAAUGUUUUGUAUCGAUUUUCUGAAUAAAACUCAAAAUUACCAAUUAAAUUUUUGAAAAAAUUAUAAAUUUUUUCCAGGCAAGAACUCCGAUCCAAUCCGUCAACCAGUAAAUGCAGCAGCCGCCGCCGCAGCAGCAAAACCAAAAGUCCAAGUCGCCAAAAAAGCCAAUAUUCUCUCAACCCUUGCUCCAACCGCAACUGAUGUUCAAACUCAAUCCUAUGCUGAAAAACCGCAGCAACAAAUGAGUCGUCCACCAUCUUCAGCUGCAGCUUCUCCACGUCCUCGUCCAGUUGUUGAUGAUGAUAUGGGAAUUGUGACAAUGCGACCAGAACAACCAUCAAGUGCUGCAAGUAGUCGACCACCUUCUUCAAGAGCUUCGGAAAUUCCACCAAAGGAAGUUAAGGGACCCGAUCCGAUGAAACCAAAACAAGCGGUAAGAGAGGGUUUUUGAGAAUAUUUUUUAUUUUGAUUUGAACUUUAUUUGGAUUUUCUGAAUCUUGUGUAAGAAAACUAAUUUUCAUAAUUAAAAAUUCUAAAUUCCAAUUUUCAAAGCUAUUUUUUCCGACAAAUUUUCCAACAUCAAGAACUAAUCUCACAUACUUUCCCUUCUACAGUAACUCUUUCCCAACUUCUCUCAACCUUUCCCAAAAAUCUAUCCAACAUUACCCUUUCCCAGGUAACUCUUCGUUCCCGUGCUGAUCGCGAUGAACCUGGAGGCGCUUUAACUCCUGGACAACGUCGCGCUGCCGCCGAACUCGACCGAAUCAAAAGAGAUCAAUCUCGUCAAGCGGAUGAAGAUGAUGUUUCAGCACCCACUUCUCUUGCACCUCCACCCUCUUCUACUCGUAGCUCUGCUUCACCAAGAGCCAGUGUUUCUUCAGAUGUUCCUUCAGGGGUAAAUUUUUUUUUGAAAAAGAAAAUUUGAAAAAAAAUACCUGAAGAAUUUGGAUUUAUUUCUGAUUUCAAAAUGUUUCUACCUUCAAAUUUUCAAUCUGAAAUUUUGUAGCACGUUCCACAAAACAUGGAUGAAUUAUUGGAUGAUCUGAUGAAAAUGAAGGCAGUUUUGCGACAACAUGAAAGACGAAUUCGAAUUUUGGAAGAGGAGAUUGCUGAUCGUAAUAUGAGCAAUGCUUAUUCAUUCUAA